AUGGCAACCACACGACCAUCUCGCACCCACUCCAUUCCCACGGAUACGAUUCUCCGCCUGACGAAUUGUCUGGUACCGGUUGAUAACUGUCUUGUGUCUGGUACAUUGUUGAUCAACUCGACUACGGGGUUAAUAAUCUCGCCUCAAGAUGUAUUCUACGAUUCUAAGCUCCAGCCUAGCUCAACAAUUGACCUGCGUGGGAAGGUUGUCGUUCCGGGGUUUAUAGACGUUCAGAUUAAUGGCGCAUAUGGAUUCGAUUUCAGCAAUGCAUCAAAGUCGGAUGAUGAAUAUGCAAGUGGUCUAAAGGAGGUAAACCGGCAAUUCGUCAGUACUGGAGUAACCAGUUACUGUCCAACGAUAACCAGCCAGAAAGAUGAAGUCUAUCAUAAAGUUCUCCCCCAUUUAGGACCCUCGCUCCGUAGUCCGACACUUGGUUCAAGCUCUCUAGGCGCCCACGUCGAAGGCCCCUUUUUGAACCCCGAGCGCAAUGGCAUUCACCCCCCACAUAUCCUCCAAAAACCCUCAGAAGGUCUCAAAUCACUUGAAACCGUCUACGGUCAAGAAAACCUCUACUCAAACGUAAAGGUUAUAACUCUAGCUCCGGAACUGCUACCCCCAAGUUCCCUCCCCUCCCUUCCAGCGGUAUUAGCAUCCAAAAAUAUUAUCCUAUCAGCAGGCCACUCGACCGCCACAUUCUCCCAACUGGUGAAUUCAAAUAUCUCAAUGGUCACGCAUUUGUUCAAUGCGAUGCAUCAACCGCAUCAGCGAGAACCGGGUAUUCCCGGCGCCGUGUUAGCUGAAGUCUCGGUUUCAAAACCCCGAUUCUUCGGCAUAAUAGCGGAUGGAGUUCACGUUCACCCCGCGAAUAUCAAAUGGGCGUAUCAUUCGAAUCCAUCCGGUCUCUGUCUCGUAACCGAUGCGAUGUCACUAUUGGGACUACCGGAUGGAGAGUAUGUAUGGGGUAACGGGGAAAGUAUUCAAAAAACAGGUGGAGUUUUGACAUUAAAGGGUACUACUAAGAUCGCGGGCAGUUGUGUGACUUUACUCGAAUGUUUAAACAACUUUAUGAGGUUCACGAAUACUGGAAUUGCAGAGGCAAUUAAAACGGUGACAAAGACUCCGGCGAGAAUGUUGGGGUUGGAAGGGGUGAAAGGGUGUUUGGAACCAGGCGCAGAUGCGGACUUGUGCGUCCUGGAGGUCAAUGGGGAUGGCAGCGUGGGGGUAGAAGAGGUAUGGAAGUUCGGGGUGAGGGUUUGGGAGAAGAGUGGGAUGAGACGGCGCAGGGAAGGUGUCAUGGAGCUUAGUCGGUUGUGA